AUGGAUAAAGAAUAUGAUGUGAUAGUUCUUGGUACUGGUCUCAAGGAAUGCAUUCUGAGUGGCCUUCUCUCUGUCGAUGGACUCAAGGUGUUGCAUAUGGAUAAAAAUGACUAUUAUGGAGGAGAAUCAACCUCUCUCAAUCUUAAUCAGCUUUGGAAGCGAUUUAGGGGAAGUGAUGGGAAGCCUCCAGAAAGCCUGGGUAUAAGUAAGGAAUAUAAUGUUGAUAUGAUACCUAAGUUCAUCAUUGCCAAUGGAAAUUUAGUUCGAGUUCUUAUCCACACUGAUGUUACCAAAUAUCUUAACUUGAAAGCUGUUGAUGGUAGCUUUGUGUACAAUAAAGGAAAGAUCUACAAAGUCCCAGCAAAUGAUGUUGAAGCAUUCAAUUCACCCCUGCUGGGAUUUUUUGAGAAGUUUCGAGCUCGAAAUUUCUUCACUUAUAUUCGAGACUAUGAAGAAAAUGAUCCAAAAUCUCAUAAUGGCCGAGACUUGACAAAAGUUACAGCAAGGGAGAUUAUUUCAGAAAAUGGGCUAAAAGAUGAUACAAUUGACUUUAUUGGUCAUGCAUUGGCACUCCACCUAGAUGAUAGUUACUUGGAUCAACCAGCUCUGGACUUUGUGAAGAGAAUGAAGCUCUAUGCAGAAUCGUUAGCCCGUUUUCAAGGAGGAUCACCUUAUAUCUAUCCAAUGUAUGGCCUUGGAGAACUGCCUCAGGCAUUUGCGCGCUUAAGUGCAGUAUAUGGUGGAACUUACAUGCUAAACAAGUCAGAAUGCAAGGUAGAGUUUGAUGCAGAUGGGAAAGCCAUUGGUGUGACUUCAGAAGGAGAGACUGCUAAAUGCAAGAAAAUUGUUUGUGAUCCAUCAUAUUUGCCUGACAAGGUUAAGAAGGUUGGAAAGGUCGCUCGCGCUAUAUGUAUAAUGAGCCAUCCUAUUCCAAACACUAGUGAUUCUCACUCAGCCCAGCUUAUUCUGCCACAGAAGCAACUAGGUCGUAAAUCAGAUAUGUAUCUUUUCUGUUGUUCUUAUUCCCACAAUGUUGCUCCAAGGGGAAAAUAUAUUGCUUUCGUUUCAACUGAAGCGGAGACUGACAAUCCUGAGGUAGAAUUGAAGCCAGGAAUUCACUUGCUUGGCGUUGUAGAUGAAAUAUUCUAUGACACUUAUGAUAGAUAUGUGCCGACAAACCAUUAUGAAGUUGAUCACUGCUUCAUAUCUACGAGUUAUGAUGCAACUACCCAUUUUGAGACCACGGUAGAUGAUGUGAUUGAAAUGUACACUAAAAUUACUGGAAAGAUUCUUGAUCUGUCUGUGGACCUGAGUUCUGCAAGUGUUUCUGCUGAUGAAAAAUAA